UCCUUAGGUCGUCAUUUUACUGUCAGUCUUGCUCUCCCUGGCUCCAUCCUUGACAAUGCACAAUCUCCUGAACUAAGAACAUACUUGGCUGGCCAGGUAGGAAAGGGAUAGGGUAGGGGAAGUGAAGGACAACUUUGGGAAGUAAAGGCAGUAACCAUCCCAAGGACUUGUUACAUUUUUGAACCCCUAAUAAAGCAAUUUGUAAAGCACUUAAAAGUCCAACGGAAGCAUUUGUAUGAAUGAAAAACCUUUAAGUGUUUCCUGGGGCUUGUUUCUUUAAAGGCAUGGUGAUUUUUCGAUAACAAAGCCAUAUGAUAAUUUAUCAAAUUUAGUCAAGUCUUGAAAAAAAGAGCACUGUAUUUGAGUGUCAUUGUAUUUAGCACGAAAGUGCCAAUUCGUGACACUAUCUUUACAUCACCUGGAGACGGGACUGCCAUUUGAUGUGGUCAUCCAAGCCACUAGAAGGUCAAGCCACUUGUACCUUCAUUUCUCAGUUAUUUUAGGACCCUGAGUAAUGGUCUGGCCCCAGGACUCGAACCCACGACCUCCCGCUCUGCAGUCGAGCACUCUACCAACUGAGCUAAUCCUGCUUUGGUAACUCUGAUUUAGGGAAAAUAACUCACACCUUUUUUUAAAGUUUGCUCAACCUUUGGAGAAUGAAUUUUGGUGUUUCUUCUAUCAUUCAAAGAUCAGUGCUAAGUUAUGUUCCUUAAUAAUUCAAAAACUUGUCAUGAUAAAACCUUGUUUACUUUACAGAUUGCACGUGCUUUGGCAGUUUUUAGUAUAGAUGAAGUUGUCAUCUUUGAUGAGUCUGGAAAGACCCAGAGUAACUCUAAUGGUGGUCUGAAGAGACACUCAGAUCCUAAUGUCUUGCUGGCAAGAAUACUUCAAUAUCUGGAGUGUCCACAAUAUCUCAGAAAGAAUUUUUUCCCAAAACAUGCUGAUCUUCAAUAUGCUGGUAUGUAAUCAGUGAUUUGCAUCUUGAAGAGAGUUUUUGCAAAAAUGCUGCUUGGAACCACCAGUAAAUGGCUGCCUUCCUAAACCUACUGAAAUAAAGAAUGUAUGUGUUGCAGGUCAAAUUUGAUUUCUGGUUAAUUUUGAUUUAACCUAGGUUGAUUCUCAAUUUCCUUUGUUUCAUAGCCCUAAUUCAUGAAUAAUUAGAAUCAACCUGGGUUAAAAAAAAUUUAAAAAUUUACCAUGAUCUGACUAAUCUUAGUAAGUGAAUUAGUUCGACUUUGGAGCGACACUGGCACAACAUCUGAUUCAGACAGCACACCGUGUGUCAAGCCUAAGUUAAGUUCAACAAAAGUUCGCAGACUCUGUCGAACUUAAUUAAUGCUGUUCAUCAGUUAGGUUUCUGCACAUGAGUGGAGGGGCAUGUGAUCCGGGCCUUGGGUCAUAAUUCCUGAUCCCAAUCAACCCAAAGGAAUGUAUCCUUGCUUUUAUUUUUUUCAUUGAAAUAAUUAAGAAAGAACAAGCCACUUCACAAAGACUCGUCUUCCUUACAGUUCCUUCUAAACAGGUUUAGGGUCCAAUACACCAUAAUAAUAAGAAACUAUAACAUAAUUUUUUGCCAGGUUUGUUAAAUCCUUUAGACACUCCCCAUCAUAUGAAAGUUGAUGAUGAUGUUCCAUACAGGGAAGGGGUGGUGCUGGACAGACCCGCUAAGUCAGGAUGUGGUUCAUUUGUAAACGUGGGUAUGAGGAAGGAAGUUAGAAUUGACAAGAGCAUUAAACCAGGGGUUCGAGUCACUGUCAAGAUGGGUGACACUUCAAAUUCAGGUAUCAUCCAAUAACAACUUAACAUAAUGAUUUAAGCUAUAUUCCAGAGGGCACCAGUGUAUGAACCAUUGUUAUUCAACUUCAAAAAUUGAUCUUAGAAAUCAGCUUUGUUCAUUGCAAACAGAUCCAAGGAUUGAAUGCUAAGUUAGUUUAUGCAUUCCAGCAUUUAUAGACUUAAUUCUGAAAGUCCAUUUUAGAUUAGUUUCUUGUAACAAAGGCUACGGCAUUUAUUUCUCCUCUUUUUGAAACACACUUCACAGAAAGAAAGCUUGGACUUGUAAGCACUGCAACUCAAGUUGCAAUUCCUACAAGAUUGUAGCUUAAAAGCUACAAUCUUGGACAAAAAGGUCAAGAAAAAUCCAUGGACGUUUCCAUGUCUAGUUUCAAGAUAAAGCUCUUGAAAGCACUGGCUAUUACAAAUACUCCCCUCUUCCCCCCUUCAAAAAAAAAACACAGUACUGAAAUCCUGUGGGAUCAUUUCUGACCUCGACCAACCAAUGUUGACCAGGGUGGGGUGAGGGGAGGGCUCAUAGUGGUACCAAAUCCAUGGGAUAGGAUUUCUGUGGGUAAGAAAGUGCAAAAUUCUUAACAUUUUUUGUCAAGGAUUGUAGGGCCAACAAUAUCUCUGGAAUUUUUUAAAAAAGCCUUUCAGGAACUGUAGGAACCCUUAGACAUCAUAAUUUUUUUAAAAUUAUUUCUGUUUGAUGUAACAGGGGCAAAAUUCUACUGUGGAACAGUGGUGUCUCCUAAUGCUCCAAGAACAGAACAGGGUUUAUACUGGGGCUACAAUGUCAGACUGGCUCCAUCUUUUGGAGCAGUGUUUACACAGUGUCCAUUUAAAGAUGGCUACGAUGUUACAAUAGGAACCUCAGAAAGGGGUACCUCUGUGGAUCAACUACAAUUGACAGACUUCAGGUACAGUAGAAGACUUGAAACCUCUUAA